AAAAAAUAUGUAAGUACAGCAUGCGAUGGUUGGAUAACCAGUCAUCCAGGGUCUAGUAUGACCAUCUACGAUGUCCCUAAAAUGGCCGUAGCUUUGCCAAGCGCAAUAACACCAAAGAACAUAACAGCAGGGUUUAAAGUGUCAGGAGUUUAUCCAUUCAAUGAAUGUAUCUUUUCUGAAGACGAAUUUCUCCCCUCUUAUGCUACUGACCGCCCACUUAUUGAGCAAGCAAAAGAUGAUGAAAUUGACAGGAAAUCUAAUAAUAGCCCUAAACCUAAAAUAUCUCAGGAUACUAGUCCCCAACCAGGAACAUCUCGGGAUUAUUCUGAAAUUCUUAACGGUGAUAGCUCAAUGCCAAAAACUUCUGAGAUAAACCCACCGCUCGAAGAAAAAACUCCCGAAAAGCAAAUAAUUAAAAAUAUUAACAUAUUAGCCAAAGAAGAUACCGAGUGA